GUAAUCCGUGCUCCAGAUCCAAGUUUAUUCCACCUGUAUCAUCGAAAGGUAUGCUCAGACACUAACAGUGUGUCUUACCCAGCUUGCCUGAAAUCCAAAGCAGUUACUGAAGGGUCCCAACUCCAGCUUGGCAUGUCUUUAAUUAAGCUCCAUGAAGGAAUCGAUCUUGAGGGUAUUUUAUCUAAAAGGUCCAAGAGAAGACUGGUGAAACCGACCAGUCAGCAGUUGUGUGGGCAGAAUGAUACAAGCAGGAGGUUCUAUUACUUCUGGCUUAUUCCCUAUCUUGGAGGUCUCCUCAUACUGUCUCUUCUCAUCAACUUGGUCCAAGCCAUUGUUAUUCUUAGUAAACGAACACAGAACUAUAGGAAAAUGUAGUUUCAUUCAGAAAUUUAGGGGUAAGCUCAGGGCUUCAACAAGAGAAGGAAUAUUUAAAGCACAAAGCUUACAUGUGGUUAUACAAAUUUAUAUUGUAUUAUAUCAAUCCUCAAACUUUAUUUUUUCAUAAAGUUGUGUGCUACUGUAGUCUUGGUAUCAGUUUAAUACAUUCUUUAUAUAUGUCUACUUGCCUACUGUACUGUAAUGCUGUAGCCUAUAGAUGUAUAUCCAUUGGUAGCAAGCAAGCAUGGGUGGAUACAGGCCAAUGCAGGAAGAGUUUGUAGGCAAUUGUUUUUGCUUGAAUCUUACAAUUCAAGCAUUUACAGGAAAGAAUCAAUAAAAGAGAAGCUCUUUUAGCAUAGUCAUUAAAAAGUUUGUUCACAGAGGAUUCACAAAUGAACCAGUUCCUACCCACUCAUGCCUGCCUGUGAAUGCAGCCCAGGUCUUAGUAUUAAAAGAAAAAGGUCUACUGAAAAAUCAGAUUUGAUUUUCAAGUUCAGAAAAGGUUAUGAAAGUUCACACAAGAACUUUAAAAAGUAGAGAGACCUCUCUGAUAUGUGUCAUGUGAAUGGUGAAUGGGAGAAAAAUCGAAGUGGAAGUUUCUUGAUAGAAUAUUUACUUUCACCAGUGAGUAAAUGAACUAAGGCAUGGGUGGCUAGAAUGUCAAAAUUAGUAUUCAGUAUAAAUGAAAGGAGAUCAUAUGGGUUUGUUUGGCAUGUGACAAAGACAGGAUUCACUGCCCCC